AUGUCUGCCAGAUAUUCCCUGAGACAGACGCCAAGGAAAAAGGAGUUGUUUGACGGCAUGGUUGAGACACCAGCACGCCGCAACACCCGUCGCAAAACCCCUAUCGAGUCCGAUACCGAGUCCAGCUCCGUCCCCGAGCUGAACACCCAGAUCAUGGAUCCCGUCAAGCAGCUGCGCCGGCGCCCGGCGCCCAAGUUCACCGAGCAUAUCGAUGAGCUCACGCCCCCGGAAACCCCCGUCGACAGCGAGGGCCCGGAUGCCUCGCCCCCCAGAUCCUUCAACAGCAAGCUCGCCAUCGCGCCAAUCGAGGAUGAGAAGAAGGAGGCCAAGGUCGACAAGAAGAAGAUCGUCGAUGCCGAGUUCUCGGGCGAGUACGAGUUUGGCGGGCCGUGGUUCGUAUCCGUCAUGAUGAUUGGGUUUCCCAUCCUCAUGUGGUACAUGUGGAUCGGCGCAACCUACUACGACGGCGGCUUUCCCGUGCCCUCGGCCGGCCAGAGCUGGGGCGACUUUGGCAAGCACCUCGUCAACCUCGUUUACACCGGCGCGUUCCCGCACACCAAGGCGUGGCUGAUGUACUGGAUUUUCUUCGUCGUCGAGGGCGCGUUCUACUGCCUGCUCCCCGGGAUCUGGGCCUACGGCAAGCCACUGCCCCACGAGGGCGGCAAGCAGCUCAAGUACUACUGCUCCGCGUACACGUCGUGGUAUGCCACGCUCGCGAUCGUCGCUGCGCUGCACUUCUCGGGCGUCUUCCCGCUCUACACCGUCAUCGACGAGUUCGGCCCGCUGCUCUCCGUCUCGAUAUUGUCGGGCUGGAUCGUCAGCAUCGUCGCCUACAUCUCGGCCCUCGCGCGCGGCGCCCAGCACCGCAUGUCGGGCAACCACAUCUACGACUUCUUCAUGGGCGCCGAGCUGAACCCGCGCAUGUUCGGCAUCCUCGACUUCAAGAUGUUCUUCGAGGUGCGCAUGCCGUGGUACAUCCUCUUCCUGCUCUCCUGCGGCGCCGCCGCGCGCCAGUGGGACCGCUACGGCUACGUCUCGGGCGAGGUCGGCUUCCUUAUCCUCGCCCACUUCCUCUACGGCAACGCCACCGCCAAGGGCGAGGAGCUCAUCGUCACCACCUGGGACAUGUACUACGAGAAGUGGGGCUUCAUGCUCAUCUUCUGGAACCUCUCGGGCGUGCCGCUGUCCUACUGCCACUGCACCAUCUACCUGGCCACCCACGACCCGGCCACCUACCGCUGGAACCCCUACGCCCUGGCCGCCCUCUACAUCAGCUACAUCUUCGUCUACUGGAUCUGGGACAGCUCCAACAGCCAAAAGAACCGCUAUCGCGCCAUGGAACGCGGCACCCUCAUCAAGCGCAACACGUUCCCCCAGGUCCCGUGGCAGACCCUCCACAACCCCAAGACCAUCGAGACCGGGCUGGGCGACAAGAUCCUGUGUGAUGGUUGGUACGGGCUUGCCCGCAAGGUCCACUACACCUGUGAUGUGUACUUUGCUACGACCUGGGCCCUCAUCACCGGGUUCAACAGCCCGUUCCCGUGGUUCUACCCGGUGUUUUUCGUGGCCAUGAUUGCGCACCGCGCGUGGCGUGAUAUUCACCGCUGCCGGGAGAAGUAUGGCGAGGCCUGGCGAGAGUAUGAGCGGCGGGUGCCGUAUUUGUUUAUUCCGUACGUCAUUUAA